CAAAAUAUACAUGUCAAUUUGACAUUGUAAUGUAGAUGUCUACCUUUAGGUCUACGAAAUUUAUAAUGUGUAUAAAAAGAUAAAAUAGAACCAGUGAGAAAUGUAGGUAAAUCCGCAGUGUCUAAUGUCUGAGGGCGUGGGUGUAGAGAACUAUGCCGUUGUGCUCAUCUGGCUAUUCGUGUGCUGGUUGUAUACGACACUGCUCGCUGUCACAGCGUUCGCAGUCGUCUAUGUGCUGAGGAAGCGCAGGUCGUCGAUCCUCAAAAGCCAGCGGCCGCCACGGACGCCAUUCUCAGAGCUGGAAUUCAACGUGGCCACUCCCACUGACACAGUCAAAAGCCGUCGCGUCAGUUUUUCGCGUCGUACUGGUGUUGCAGAGUUUGUUACAAACGAAGCAACAACGACGUGGAAAAAUUUCUAUGAGGAGCACAAUAAGUCGUUGGAAUCGUCCAGCAAUGAUUCGCAGGUGAAAGCGCCGCGUCAGCCGAUCGGCCACAUUGGUAAACGUAUUUUUGACGAACAGUUUGAAGAAGUAGAAGCUUUUGAUUUCAUAGGUCAGUUUAACAAUCCUGGCUUGAAUAUCAACACUUCUAUUAACAAUAUAAAUCUAACUCAACAACUUGCUUCAUUAGAAAAUACAGAUAAUAUUAAACUUUCCGCGCCUCAUACUAAUUUUGAACUGAGCACAUUCACAGAAAAUCAUAGUAAGCUCUUUGGCGAUGAACUCACAGCACCUACUAUGGGAGAGAUGUCUGAGAGAAUUGACGUUAACUUCUCAGACAUACAAAGUAUCAAUCGAGGGAAAGAUGAUGAUUUGGAUGAGAUAGAAAGAGAUUUGGAAAGGGCUCAGAAUAAUGUUAAUUAUGCCGGACCUUUUGCAGACAGACAAAACAUGUCUGAGUACAUUGAAAUAGACCUGAACACAACUCAUAUUACUAUGGGCAACGAGCAAUCAGAUAUGUCUAUUACAGAUACAAUACACAGCCAAGUACAAGAUGUUUCAAAGAGUUGUUCGAUUGAUAAAAAAAUGAGCCAAACUAAGGAUUGGGUAACAGAUAAAGAGAACAUUGCAAUAAACCCAUACGUAACACCGCGCGAAUCAGUAAAUUUUGCUAUUAAUGAAGAGGCUGAUAAAGUUCUAGUAUUUGAUGGUAAGCGGCUUACCUUGCAAAGCGAACGAGAUGAUAAAAAAUAUCGGAAACCCCUAGUAACCAAUGGACCUGCAAAAGAAAUUCCACAGAGAAAAACUAUAGUUCUUAACGUAAAUGACGACUUACCCAACUUUAUAGACGACUUGCAUAUUUCAAAUAUAGACUCGUUUAAAGGAAUUGUAUCAAAUGACUGUGAUAAAGAAUUAAUCCCUAUGAAAAAUAGAAGUGUAAUAAAUAUCGACCAAGAACACAUAUCAACGACAGAAACAGCCCAAUCUCAAAAUAUCCUAGACAAAAAAACUAAUAAGAACAGAACACUAAUGUAUGAGGAUGAUGAUUGUAACAUAUCAAUGACUCAGGCUUUACCAGCUAACAUAAUAGAAAAUAAAGUUGAGAAAAGUCAAACAAUAUUGUAUGAGAAUGAUGGCAACAUGUCUGUCACAGAGGCUGUGCCCAUGAAUAUUGUAGUACUAAAGAAUUCAAACUCAGAUAAAAGAAAAACCAUAGUAUUUGAGGAUGAUAUGGCUAGUAUUUCUAUGACUCAAGCCUUACCUGUAAAUAUUAUUAAGGAAAAUACGCAAGACAGAAGAACAAUUUUAUAUGAAAAUGAUGGUAUACCUAAGCCAGAUCAUAAGACUCAAAAUAUAUUUCCUGAUGAUAUUAAAGUUAAUGAAAAAGAAAAAUCCGUUCUCUAUAAAAUAAUUAAUGAUAAUGUUCCAUUCACGAAUGGUAAUUUAAUAGAUAAUGGUAAAAAAUGUGAGGAAAACAGAACUGUUAUUUUUGGAAAUGACACUUUGAACAUAUCGGUCACCCAAGCUAUACCUAACAAUAUUAUUGUUAGCGACAAGGCUUCUUUAUCAGAAAGGAGGAAAUCUAUACCCUAUAAGAAUGAUAUGGCCGACUUAUCAAUAACUGAAACUAUUGCUAAUAAUAUAGUAUUACAAGAAAAAAAUUGCCAGUUUCAAAGCAACGAGAAAAUACGCUGUCAUAACGUGCUUAGUGACAAUAUUUCAGUAGAAAAUGAAAAUCUACUACAAAGUAGAAAAACAGUCUAUGUUAAUGAUACAGGUGAUAUAUUGAUAUCCCAAGCUAUUUCAAGCAAUACUGCUUUGCUGGCAAAUGAAGAACAAACACAAAGAAGAAGAACACUUGUCUUUGAAAAAGAUGCAGGGAACAUUUCAGUCACUCAAGCUAUUCCAAGCAAUAUUAUUUUACCAGGUAAUGACGCACAAACACAGAGAAGAAGAACAAUAGUCUAUGAAAAUGAUGCGGGGAACAUUUCAGUCACUCAAGCUAUUCCAAGCAAUAUUAUUUUGCCAAAUAAUGAAGCACAAACACAAAGAAGAAGAACAAUAGUCUAUGAAAAUGAUACAGGAGACAUUUCAGUCACUCAAGCUAUUCCAAGCAAUAUUAUUUUGCCAGAUAAUGAAGCACAAACACAAAGAAGAAGAACAGUAGUGUAUGAAAAUGAUGCAGGGGACAUUUCAGUCACUCAAGCUAUUCCAAGCAAUAUUAUUUUGCCAGAUAAUGAAGCACAAACACAUAGGAGGAGAACAAUAGUGUAUGAAAAUGAUGCAGGAAACAUUUCAGUCACUCAAGCUAUUCCAAGUAAUAUUAUUUUGCCAGAUAAUGAAGCACAAACACAUAGGAGAAGAACAAUAGUGUAUGAAAAUGAUGCAGGAAACAUUUCAGUCACUCAAGCUAUUCCAAGCAAUAUUAUUUUGCCAGAUUAUGAAGCACAAACACAUAGGAGGAGAACAAUAGUGUAUGAAAAUGAUGCAGGGGACAUUUCAGUCACUCAAGCUAUUCCAAGUAAUAUUAUUUUGCCAGAUAAUGAAGCACAAACACAUAGGAGAAGAACAAUAGUGUAUGGAAAUGAUACAGGAGACAUUUCAGUCACUCAAGCUAUUCCAAGCAAUAUUAUUUUGCCAGAUAAUGAAGCACAAACACAAAGAAGAAGAACAAUAGUGUAUGAAAAUGAUACAGGAGACAUUUCAGUCACUCAAGCUAUUCCAAAUAAUAUUAUUUUGCCAGAUAAUGAAGCACAAACACAAAGAAAAAGAACAAUAGUGUAUGAAAAUAAUGCAGGGAACAUUUCAGUGACUCAAGCUAUUCCAAGUAAUAUUAUUUUGCCAGAUAAUGAAGCACAAACACAAAGAAGAAGAACAAUAGUGCAUGAAAAUGAUACAGGAGACAUUUCAGUCACACAAGCUAUUCCAAGCAAUAUUAUUUUGCCAGAUAAUGGAGCACAAAUACAGGGAAGAAGAACAGUAGUGUAUGAAAAUGAUGCAGGGGACAUUUCAGUCACUCAAGCUAUUCCAACCAACAUUAUUUUGGCAGAAAAUGAAACACACAGGCAAAGUCGAAAAGCAAUCCUUAAUGAAAAAGAUUCAAACAACAUUUCAGUCUUUGAAGCUAUGCCAAGCAAUAUCAUUUUGCGAAAUGAAGAUGAUUUACCCGGGGAUCAAUUAUUGAUACGAAAUAAUAUUCUACAAAAUAAGCCAAUUGACAAUACAAUAACUAAUAAACGAGUUUCACACGCUGAGGGUCCGGAAGCAGUAAAAACCUCUGAAAUCAAUAUCCAAAAUGAAGAAAUUGCUACUAACUCUGGAAACAUAUCUAUAACGUGUAACAAAGACGGAAAAGAGUUGUUUACACGUGAAGAAGAUAAAGCAGAUUUCGAAAUGGCAACAGUCGCGGUCGAUAAUACUAAUUUAACUCAAUUUGAGAAAAAAAGAGAUAUUACAGAAUUCCGUGAAAUAGAAGUUCACGGAAUAAGUUAUAAUACCUCACAUAACACUAUGGAUGCAUACGAUAUAUCUGCAGAACAAGAAGUUAUUAAUAAAUAUUCAAAUGCUAAAAAUACUAAUUGUGCUAUAAUAUUAACCAAAGAAAAUUAUGAAUCACAUGAGAUUGACACACAGAAACGAAAAUCUGACGUAGUAGAGGACCGUGUCCGAAAUGCUGACUUUACUAAACCAAUUCCAAAUACUUUAUCGUCAAUACAAAAUGAUUGUAUAGAUGAGCCGUUAAAGGAAUUUAAAACAAGCAGUGCAUCGAACCAUAUCAAUAGACAAGUAUUACUGUAUCAAGUCACUACCAAGCAAACCGACUUAUUGGAAUCCAAAACAUCUGAUCAAUCUAGAUGUGAGAAAGCAAUAGAAGACGCAAUAGUAAUAUCUUCACCUAAAAUAAUAGCUGCAGCUAAUAUUAUUGAAGAAAAAAAUUCCCUCGUGAUUGCAAAGAAAAACAGUGAGCUAAUUAAUCAUAAAAAAACAAUACAUGGUAGUGAUAAUACAUUUAAUGAGCAUAAAUUUGAUAUUGACAAGACAUUGGAUUUUCAGAAGAGCUUAGAACAACCAAAAGUUGCAUUAGAUAACCUACUGAAUAUGUCGAAUGCGUCAAUGGAAAGUGAGACAGAUCAUAAAAAUGUAAUGGCAGAAAUAGUAUCUGAACAGCAAUUGCUUGCAGAUAACAAAAAGGAAGAUAUUGAUAACAUAUCAAAUGAAAGUAUGUUUUAUAUUACAAAAGAUAGCGAUGAAGAAGACCAACCGGAUAAAGAAACCAGUCUAAACGUUCCACCAACUUCGUCUUUAACCCAAAAGGAAGAAAAUACUGAAAAUGAUGCUCGUCUUCAGAAGAAAUUAGUGGAGUUUAAAAGUAUUGUAAACGAAAAUAACAACAGUCCACCUAAAAACAGGCAUUAUGAACAGAUUGUAAGUUUAGGUGUAGAACGAGGAAGUGAAAAAAUAUUGUAUCUCCAAGCCAGAUAUUAAAUUCUAUUAAAGAAAGAAAAAGUUACAAAACUGCGGAUGACACAGAUUAUUUAUUGCAAAUGCUAUCCGAUUUAACCGAGAACAAAGUUUCUGAUAUUAUAGAGGAAGAUGAAAAACCUGAAUCCAUUAUGAUCAAAGAGCAUCAAGCUU